UUCCGGGAGUUAAAUUGUUAUUUAAUAAGGCAACAGUUACAGGAGACGGUCAGUUCGAAAAUUAAAGGCAUUCAUUCAAAUUUUUUGCGGAAACAAAAUUUUUUUGGGCAAAAAUGAAAACUUUUGUGGUUAUUGCAUUUUUUUCCUGCGCUCUAACGGCAGCCUUGGCAGGUCGUUGUGUAGAGCAGGAGGCAUGUGCAGCUGGGCAGUGUUGCGCUGGACUCCCCUUUUUCGGAGGAAUUUGCAGACCUUUGACCCCUGUUGGGGGCAAAUGCAAGGUUGUUGACAAAAUUCUUCCAAUGUUUGGAGACUUUUACAUAGGCUCAUGUCCAUGUGCCGAGGGAUUAGUUUGUGUGCAGAUUGGGAAGAAAAAGAAUAAUGGGAUCUGUCAGGCACCUCCACCUCCACCAACCACAGUUGCACCAGAACCUCCUGUGACAUCUGCAGCACCAGAAGUACCUGAAGAACCAGCCAGCAGUGCUGCACCAGAAGUACCUGAAGAGCCUGCUAGUAGCGCUGCACCAGAAGUACCUGAAGAGCCAGUUAGUAGCGCUGCACCAGAAGUACCAGAAGAUCCAGCUAGUAGCGCUGCACCAGAAGUACCUGAAGAACCAGCUAGUAGCGCUGCACCAGAAGUACCCGAAGAGCCAGCUAGUAGCGCUGCACCAGAAGUACCUGAAGAGCCAGCUAGUAGCGCUGCACCAGAAGUACCUGAAGAGCCAGCUAGUAGCGCUGCACCAGAAGUAUCUGAAGAGCCAGGUAGUAGCGCUGCACCUGAUGAUAGCGAUGCUUCAGUCGAAGAACCUGCUUCAAGUGGAGAAUCUGCCUCAGCCGAAGAACCAGCUUCAGGUGGAGAAUCUGCAUCAGCCGAAGAACCAGCUUCAGGUGGAGAAUCUGCAUCAGUCGAAGAACCAGCUUCAGGUGGAGAAUCUGCAUCAGCCGAAGAACCCUCUUCAGGCGGAGAAUCUGCCUCAGCUGAAGAACCCGCUUCAAGUGCAGAAACUGCUUCAGCCGAAGAACCAGCUUCAGGUGGAGAAUCUGCAUCAGCCGAAGAACCCACCUCAGACGGAGAAUCUGCAUCUGCCGAAGAACCCGCUUCAGGUGGAGAAACUGCUUCAGCCGAAGAACCCGCUUCAGGUGGAGAAACUGCUUCAGCCGAAGAACCAGCUUCAAGUGGUGAGACUGCUUCAGCCGAAGAACCAGCUUCAAGUGGUGAGACUGCUUCAGCCGAAGAACCCACUUCAGGUGGAGAAUCUGCUUCAGCCGAAGAACCCACUUCAGGUGGAGAAUCUGCUUCAGCCGAAGAACCCGCUUCAAACGGAGAAUCUGCUACAGCCGAAGAACCCGCUUCAAACGGAGAGUCUGCUUCAGCCGAAGAACCCGCUUCAAACGGAGAGUCCGCUUCAGCCGAAGAACCCGCUUCAAACGGAGAGUCCGCUUCAGCCGAAGAAGCCGCUUCAAACGGAGAGUCUACUUCAGCCGAAGAACCCGCUUCAAACGGAGAGUCUGCCUUAGCAGAAGAGUCACAGAAUUCUGAAUCAGCUGCUGCAGAGCAAGAACAACCAGCAGCCGAAAGCGCAUAAAUUUCGACAUAGGGAAUUUCCCGAAAAAAUGAAAAUGGGACUACUUAACAAUUUGAACUAUUCACCUCACCAGAGGUGUACGAGCAAUAAGCUUUUUUAAAAAAAAUAUUGAUUGUAAUUAGUGUAAAUAAUGUACAUCAUGAAUGCCUCGCUAUUUCCAAAGCAUUGCCCUUACAGAUUGAUGUUUUUAUAACAUUAAUUGUAAUAAAAAUAAAGAUAAUAAAAAAUUACUUUUUUUAUUAUAA